AUGCACCGUGAAUCAAUUCCAAUCGACACCUUCUCCAUUAAAGGAACGCUCAAAUCAUGCGUGAAACUAAAGAACCAUGCCCACAUUCAACAACUCCAUUCCCAUAUCGUUAAACUCGGGUUUCGUUCUGAUCCUUAUGUUGCGUCUUUUCUUCUCAAAUCCUACUUCGUCGUCUCGUCUGCUGAACAUGCCCACCAGCUGUUCGACGAAAUGCCCAGGAAGAACACGGCCGCGUGGAACGCAAUGCUUUCGGGGUAUAAGAGUUUGGGGGAUGUAGAGAAAGCACGCUCGGUGUUUGAUCAAAUGAAGCCGCUAGGUGUUGAGUCAUGGAGUUGCAUGAUCGACUCGUAUGUGAAGAAUGGCGACAAUGAGCGUGGCGUAAUGCUCUUUCGGAAUAUGAUGAUUGAGGAAGGUAUAAAGCCUGACAUUGUAACUCUACUGCCGGUUUUAUCAAUCUGCGCUGACAUGGGUCCUUGUGGCUUGUUGCUUGGGAAGUCAUUUCAUGGGUUUGUGCGGCCAGGCUGUUGGCAUUUUUGCAUGCAAGAGAGGGAUUUGAAGACUUGGAAUAUGCAUUUUUGUCGAACGGUGCAAAAAGGCUACACAAAAGGGCCGUUAUAUGUAUUCGAGAAUUUGCAAAAAGCCAGUGUGAGACCUAAUGAGCUAACUUUCAAGGAAGUUCUUAAUGCUAGUGUGCAUUCAGGACUAGUCAAGGAGGGGCGGGAAUAUUUCAAGUUGAUUGAAGGAUGUGGUUUGAAGUCUAGUAUUCAACACUAUCGAUCCAUGGUCCAACUAUAUAGUAAUGCAAGGCAGGUAGAGGAAGCUUAUAAGGUGAUUAAGAACAUGAAACUUGAAUCUGAUGUUGUGGUCUGGAGUUCUUUACUGUCUGCUUGUGAGAAGCACAGACAGUUUGGGAUGGCGGAAAGAGUAGCUAAGGAGAUCAUGAAGACAGUGAAGCCAGACAACAAAAGUCGUGUUCAGCUUCAUUCUCUGGUCCAACUAUAUAGUAAUGCUUAUAAGGUUAUUAAGAACAUAAAAGUUGAACCUGAUGUUGAGGCCUGGAGUUCUUUUCUGUCUGCUUGUAAGGAGCACAAACAGUUUGGGAUGGCGGAAAGAGUAGCUAGGGAGGUCAUGAAGACAGUGAAGCCAGACAGCAAACAUGGUGCUCGGCUUCAUCCUCUGAUCCAACUAUAUAGUAAUGCAGGCCUGCUAGAGGAAGCUUAUAAGGUUAUCAACGACAUGAAACUUAAACCUUAUGUUGCGUCCUGGAUUUCUUUUCUCUCUGCUUGUAAGGAGCACAAACAGUUUGGGAUGGCUAAAAGAAUAGCUGAAACGGUCAUGAUGACAGUGAAGCCGGACAGCAAACAUGGUGCUCCGCUUCAUUCUCAUAUCUUAGAUAUGAGGGAUUUGAGAAAGUCAAUGGCCAAUCCAAAUUUAGGGAAGAUACAUGAUUUGCUGCAAAUAUUUGAUGAAGACCAGGGAGCUAUAUGUUUUGAUGCACGGUAG